AGGUGGUUUGGUCGAAGAAUCCCCACAACCACAACCCUUUCCGUGACCAUACCGUCUACAAGGACUGGAGUGAAAAACAGUUUGCUACUGUCCUGUUCAUUUGACAAAUACCCUCUCAAUUAUAUUAAUCAGAAAGCACGAUAAACGGCAACUUGCUUUAUUCCUUACCCCACAGCUUACUAGGUAUUCUACUCCAUAUGACUUUCCUCACACAAGCCUAGGUACUAAACUUUAGAUCCAUACACAAUCAGAACAGGAAGGCAACCAGGACAAUAAUUGAUACCCCCAAGAGAAACUUGUUUUUCAUUUUAACUGUCCCAAUACCUACCCAGAUAUCUACCUGGGCAGAUAGUAUCCAAUCCCUUUCUCUUCCUCAUACUUGUGUCAAACUAUGUCUUUACUCGCAAUGAUGCCCUUUGUCAGUCCAGAUGCCCUCAUGGAGCAACUGGCAAAGUCAAGCGUACCUUUCAAGAAGCCUUCAGAUCCUGACUGGGCUACCUACUCAACCACAUUCAAUACCCGUCUCCCAGUGGCUCCUGUCGUUGUCGUUCUCCCUACCACCGUAGAGCAUAUCUGCGACGCAGUUCGCUGCGCAAACCAGCAAGGAUUCAAGGUCCAAGCCAGGUCCGGUGGCCACUCCUAUGCUUCUUACAGCAACGGUGGAAUGGAUGGUGCCAUGAUCGUAGACUUGAGGAAGCUGCAGUUCAUUCGAUGCGAUGACAAAUGCGAUGGCGUGGUCACAGUACAACCCGGCGUACGGUUAGGUAACUUGGCUCGAGCUAUUUACGACCAGGACAAACGCGCCCUAUCUCAUGGCACCUGCGCCGCAGUUGGAAUCGGCGGACACUUUACCCAUGGCGGCUAUGGGUUUUUCUCUCGUGCCUGGGGCCUCGCGAUGGACCAGAUUGUAGGCCUGGACGUAGUAACAGCAGAUGGAAGCCACCUUCCCGCUAACGCAUAUCAGAAUCCCGACCAUCUAACUUCGAUUAAGGCGAUGCGAGGUGCGGCUGACUCCUUUGGAAUCAUCACGACCUUUUAUUUGCAGACGCAGCCAGCUCCACCUUCUGUCAUAUACUGGGAUAUCAAGAUGAGCAAAGUAACUAAUAGCGUGGAGAGUGCUGUCACUGCGUUCCAACAUAUUGAGAAUUUCGCCCACAAUGUAUCUGUCAUGGAUCGGCAUCUAGGCUUUAAUGUGUCUCUUUCUUCAGACAACUUCGCGAUAGGAGGCACUUAUCUAGGAAGCCUUGAUAACUUCGAAAACAGAAUUAUGCCAGCACUGUUGGAGGGCAUCUCCGUUGUAACUACCAUUGAUAUCAAGCAGGUAGACUGGCUCACCGCACUCAAGCAUCUCAACGAGGAUCAAGAUCUUGAAGUCGAGCAAGAUUACUCGGGACAUUCGAACUUCUUUGCCAAGAGCGUCGUAGUGCCCGAGCCGGGAUUCACCGAGGAGGGGUUGACCUGCUUUUUCGAACACCUCUUGGACAAGGGAAAGGAUGCGCCUGUCUCGUAUUUUAUUCUGAUGGACUUCUACGGUGGUGUCGACAGCCAGAUCAAUCAAAAAGAUUUGAACUUUUCUGCCUUUGCACAUCGCGAUGCGCUAUGGGUUUCGCAGUUAUACGGGUACGUGGGUGAGAACCAAGUAUUCCCACCAGAAGGUCUCGAUUUUAUCAACGGUCUAUCCAAUGCGAUGACAGCACACCUUCCCGAGUACGGCGCAUACACCAACUACACCGAUCCGAGCUUGACGAGAGAAGACGCCCAUCGCUUGUACUACGGGGCGAGAGUUUUAAGAAUACUGAAGGUACAGAAGUCAAAAUGGGACCCAAAUAAUGUUUUCUUCAACCCACAGUCGAUUUAGGAAGGAGGGCGGAUAGUUCGCUUCGCUUCCAGGUGAUGGAAUUUACCCCCUUUUUUUUGGCAUGUAUAUUUCCGAACAGUAGUGUUAUCUACUGGUCGUGUGCCAUCAAGUCUUGCGAGGUAGUGCAAGAUGGAUAGAAGAGCUUAUUUAACCGAAAAGAAAAAGCCAGAAAAAAAAGCUCAUGGAUCAUUGAUAGUUCCUGCGGUCUAGUUAGUCGAAAAUAUUGCACCACGAUGAAUUCAAUGAUUUUGCGUUGUGAAGUCUUAAAAUUAU